CCAACAUUGACACUACGGAGUGCCAAUCAUGCGCUCCUAAAGUCCCUAAGUUUGAUUCAAAAUAGUUUACCUUUUAAAUAUUCAUCUAAUUUUCCUCAUCGUAUUGAAUCGCAGAUUUUAUAAGCUGCGCCGAUUGAAAUUUUUACUGCUAUAUAGCGCAAAAAUCAAUACAUGGUCGGUGAAAAAGGAUGUUUUUUUGAAGCAUGAAAAAUUAGAUCGACACCAUGUACGUCUCCCCAGAAACAAGCAAAGAAAUUUGACAAAAAGCGGACAUUUCUGUCUGGCCUUCGAGUUUUUAUGAAUUUCUGGUGUUGUCGAGCUCCGAAUUUGCCUUCUCGUUCAAACGCUUGUUAACAUUCAACGCAACAAUUUAACGAUCAUUUAAAAAAAUAUAUUAACUUUCGAGAAAGAUGGCGACUUUCAAAAUACGCGAAGAUGCCGAAAAUAUCAGGCCCUACGAGAACAAAAUGAAGAAAGUCACUGCAGCGGAGCCGAACGAGAAGAAAAAGAAGAAUUUUUUGGACAAUAAGGCGAAGGUCCAGGGGUUGAAGGUUGAGGUGUCCAACAAAAUGAAACCAGGUGCGAAGAACGCGAGGAUUGUGAAGAAUAAGGAAAACCAAAAACCUAAACAGAGGGAAGUUAAAGAGCCCUUGAAUCAUGUCUCAAAAGACCUUCUUGUGCAGUUGGCAGAAACCACAGCAGAUUUGGAGAAACCAGAAAAGAAAACCGAGAAGGAAAAUAAAGUAGAUUUUUCACUAGAUCUACUCCAUAACCAUGAAUACAGAUUGGACAUCGUGAAUUACCUCAAGGAUUUAGAGGCGACUUACCCGCGACCGAAACCAAACUACAUGUCAUUGCAAUCCGACCUCAGCUGGGCGACCAGGAGCAUCCUCAUUGAUUGGUUGGCCAGCGUUAGUGACGAAUACAAGUUUGCAGAUGAGAGUUUCCAUCUAUCUGUCAAUUAUAUCGACAGAUUUCUCAGCCAGAUAUCAGUGGUGCGCUCCAAGUUCCAGCUUGUUGGCGCCGCUGCGAUGAUGAUCGCUACCAAAAUGGAGGAGUACUAUCCGUUGGACGCCACGGAAUGGUCGUAUUUGACGGGAGACGCUUUCACCUCCGGUCAGGUGCUCAAAAUGGAGAAACUCAUCUUGAAAGUAUUGAACUUUAUUACCAGACCGCCGACGAUCAGCGAGUUCAUCAAACGGUUCUGCUCGAUCGCUGAAAUCGAUCGGGCUACGGAGUGUUUUGCUAUGUACAUCAGCGACUUGGUGCUAUUGGAAGGCAGCGACUACGUAGAGCAGUUUCCUUCAAAAUUGGCGGCCGCUUCGAUUGCAUUGGCGAGAUACAACGUGCGAAAGGACAAAAAGGCACCGUGGCCGACGAAGCUGAAACAACUCAGCGGAUAUACAUUGAAAGAACUAAGUCCCGUCAUCAAACGGCAAUAUAAGACCUUAGAAGAAUCACCAAGAAAGCAACAGCAGGCGAUUCAAAGCAAAUACGCCAGUUCAAAGUAUCACUUUGUAGCGCAAUACCAACCCAGAAAGCUAGAAUUGGAAGAUUUCGAGAUAGAAGAUUAAUAGAGAGUAUGAUGACAGCAUCAGAAGGAUUUUAUUCGUGCAACGAUAUUCGUACUAUUCCUUAUACCGACGAUUUUAUAAGACUAAGAUUUUACCUUUUUUACAAUGUUCUUUUUUAAUCUAUUGAUUUAAUAUUGUGUCGCUUAAAAUUUAUUUAAUGUGUCAAUUUCAGUUAGUAGGUGGUUCCUCUUAUUUCCACUAUUUUAUAAUCUCUGAUCAAUACUUUUGCCAGCUAUUGAAGGCGAUGAAUCUUUCACAUUAUAAUAAAAAAUGAUGAAUCGUUUUUUUUUUUGAAACUAUUAUACGGAUUUGUUAUUUUUGCGAAGUGAUAAUCGCUUUUCACACCUACUGACUGAAUAAGCUAUGCUUGUGAUAAAACGUACUUGUUUUUAGUAUUGAAUACAGUUAUGAUUGCAAGAAGUACGUACUGUGUAUGAUGAAAUAAAUUUGUAUAUGAAAAUUUAA